AUGUGCGUGCGUGCAGCCGGCCAGAUUGAGCAGUUGAUGGCACCUCCCCCGCUCCGACUUGUUCUCGUGCGCACGCACGUGCCCCGCCUGCCUCUACAGAGCACGGGUGUCGUGCGUCAGCCCCCACACCCGACAUCUGCUGCAACCCUCUGCCGUGGUAUGCAGUCCCAGCCUGAGAAUGGGAGGGGGGAACUUCCGGUACAGGCCCAAACACGAUCUCAGGAACCUCCACUGCCACCACCACCCGCUGAAUAG